AUCUUCUUUUUUAAGUAGCGGGCAUAAAUCGAACGAAGGUUCGGUGCUGUUGGAUUAGUGUUCAUCUUAAACCCUAAUUCCUCGUUUAAAUUGUAAGGCCACGUCAUCCCCAAAAUCCCCCUCAAAAUUUACUGCUGAAGCCUGAACCCCAGCAUCCGAUUCCCCAGUCGCGGGAAAAACUUCGAUCCCCUUCAAAGAUUACUGCCUGCAUUGUUUGGAUUUGGAGCAAAUCGGACCAUGGCAGACUUGCCACGCUUUGUAGUUGCCUGCCUGAGCACAGGAAGAAUUGCUCUUUUGGCAAUAAUGAUUUCUGUUGGAAUCAUAUUACAAUUUCUGGCAUGUUCUUUAUACAAUAACUGGUGGCCUAUGUUAACAGUUUUGACGUAUAUAAUUCUUCCAAUGCCUCUGAUAUUCUUCGCGGGCUCUAACUCUGCAUCAAUAAUGCCUAGUGAUGGAAAUAGCUGGUUAAAUUUCGCCAAGUUCUUGACUGGAGCUUCUAUAGUAGGGAGCAUCGCGAUACCCUCCAUCUUAAAGCAUGCGGAUGUCAUCGGAUGGGGAGCUCUCGCAAUGGAGUUCUCAUCCUUCUUAAGCUUUGCAGUGGCAAUUCUUUGUUUCUUGGGGACAAACAAUGAUGAUGAGUACGGCCGCUUCUGAAAGUUUCAAAUAUUUGGUGUAUUUUUGAGUUUGCUAGAGACCUGUAUGCGUAUCAUAUGUGCAUGUUAUGUAUACGCAGAAGUCCUAGUAGAUACCCUCUUAUGUAUCCACUCUGUAUCCACUUUUGGAACAAUGUAAAUAUGCAUGCUGGAUUAUUUUGGGUGUAUAUUAAUCACGUCAACAACUCUCCCUUAA